AUGAUGUAUUAUACACUUAGAAGGUUGAGUAAUGCAAACACCAAUAAAGUUGCCAAGUACGUAGAAAAGGUUGCUGAUUUGGGCAAGAGGAAUCUUCUAUUCCGAGUAGACAUUAGGCAUAUCUAUUCUAUUUGGACAAUAUGUAAAAAUGAGGAAGAGUAUAAGCUUGGCCUCUCGGCUACAAACCACUUUUAUAAUUUUGGAAGACAACUCACGCCUGAAGGUGUAAACAAACUCUUCGUAAUGACCUUGAGGUGUAAGCAAACUCAGGAGGCUAUAAAACUUAUCGAAGGUUGCAACGAUUGGCUAUGUAAUCCACCUUCACUUGGCAUGAUUUAUAUCUUAUUGGGGGAUUUGAUUUCAAAAAAGGAUUUUGAUUCCGUGUUCCGACUAUUUAAAGUAGUCAGAACAACAUGGAAUAUUCGACUUUCUAACACUUUAUAUCAUUACUCUAUCGUUGCUAUGUUGAUGAUGGAUAAAAAUCCACUAGAAGAGGCAUUAAUGUUAUACGGCGAUGCUGAGGUGAUGAACAUUCGUCUAAAAGAGGAAACACACAAUUUUGUUCUAGAACAUGCUCUCAAAAAGCCCGUGGAUGAUAAGCAUGCCAUAAUCUGCAAAUAUGUACUAGAGAGAAUGAUAAAUGAAGUUGGAGCUCUCACAUCUAAAAGUUAUUAUCUGAUCGCAUGGUUUAUCCUAAAAUACAAAGAACAUGUGCAUCCCAGUCUAGACCCAAUCUGCAGUUUGUAUAAAGAUUGGACAUUGCCAAUUAGACAGGCAUACACAAUGGAAAUUUUGCACACAAACAAUGUGGAUAUUCCACAGGAAUUCGUCAAAGAUAUACAAAACGAGGCCGAAAAUGGUUCAAAAGAGGCACAAUUUGUGUUAGAACAUCGCCUAUCCGCUGAAUUAUGA